CUCCUGGAACGACUUCACUGCUUCCAACAGUAUCGUUUGUGAAAGCUCUUGGGAAACCACACAUGAGUGGAUGUCGGGACUGCCAGAGUGUCGUGUUGAAGUAUAGUGCACAGACGAAUCCGAUGAUUCGUGUUCCGGCUAUACUUGUCGCUAUCCGGUUCACUUGACCUCGUCGUGUCUUGGGAAGACGGAUCAUAAGACUGAUAUCGUACCAACAAGUACCUUGAUCAUUGGUCAUUGAUGGAACCCAUCCUCCGCGACCACAGGACCAUGUCGCUCUAUCUUCCUUUCCUCUCAUCUGAUGGACGUAAAUGCUAGAAUUUCUCAAGACUGGAACAAUCUUCAGAACGCGACUUCUGGAUUGAGAGACGCUCAUUCGAGGUGACUUCCAUCUUGAUCUGCGGAGAUGGUUGAAAGCCGACCAAGGUCACGAUUGCCAGUACGGGUACGAUCAAAUAUGUCAGCAGUAGUAAGAGCGCGAAACAAGGAAGACAACGAAGCCACGACUGCAUCUUCUGAGGAGCUUCAAGUCCUUACCGCUGUAGACGAUACACAAACGCGACUGCCAGCCCGGAAAGACAAGUCCCCUGACAAGACGAUGAAUGCAGAAAACCAUGCUCCGAUUAUGCCAACAACUGCUGCGUCAUUGUUGAGCUCGAAUGAGACUCCUCCGGGAUUGCGAGUUCGCUUUGUCGACACUCCUCCUAUUGAGCAAGGCACAAAGAAAUACAUCAAUAGCGGAGAUGCUACCAGUCAAAGUCCUCGCAAUUCAUGCAUGAAGCCGAACGAGUACAAAGUAAGCAACCAUUCUUCGCCGCAGACCACAGUGCACCCGUCGCCGACCACCAAGAGCAUCUGCGAUCUCCAUCGACGGCAGACCGAUGCCGCAAAGCCAACUCGAAGCGCCAAUGGCAUUACUCUUCGUCGAACCAGCUCCAAUGGGAGUGUCAAGACUACUGUCGAAAUAUGGGAACCCUGGAAACGAUCAUCAAUCACGCAGCUCGGAGUAGCCAGCGGCUCCAAAAUACCCAUCUCGAGGCAUCGAAACGUGCCUUGCAUUGAGGCGAAAAUGGGUUCUCUUGGCAAAGAAGAGCAACAUAUACCCGACGCGACCACUGUCCGUCCCAGAAUUGCCGAUGCACCGCAGGCAGCUGCAAUUCCUCCACAGGCAGACGGUGCGAAGUCUACAAGGUCUGAUGGCAAAACAAUAUAUAUGGGUCCUGGCAAUCAAUUCCUAUACCAGGCAAGACAGGACUCGAUGGGUGUAGUCGAGACGCCCGCAGAGUUGGCUGACACUGCAAGGAGCAAAACCUUGAAGGGCAAGGGUAAUUUUCUCCAUCGCCCAGGCCCGGAGCAAUCGGUCUAUCCGAGUCCGUUCGAAGUUGUCAAUGCUUCGGAACAUAUUUCUUGCAUCGACUGGAGCAAGAAUGGGUGCAGCUUGGGCGCCAACGCUAAGCUUUCUCAGCACGAAGAAAUAUCGCCCGAUGACAUCCGCUCCUGUCGCGAAUUGAGUCAGUCGGAGCUGCAGGCAUUGGUCGAUCAUGGUGUGGUGUCAACAUCGAUCGAGCCGGACCCAGACUUCACAGCACAACGGUGUCUGAAGAAGGAGCGCAAGCAAACCUCUACGACUGAACAAUUGGAACAAUUGCGACACCUAUGGAAAGAAGACCGUCGGAGACGCAAAUUCGCCGGUGGACUAAGGAGUCGAGCGAAGAAUGUGCUUUCUAGGUUCACGCGAUUGAUGCCUGGGAACAGAGUACAAGCCCGCAACACUACCUUGUAUCCGUCGUCGUCGACAUCGUCCGCAUCAUCACUGGAUCGUGUGAGCGUCGCACAUGCUCUGACCACAUUUGACUACGAUGCAGACAUCGAUGAACCUGGCCAACUGCCGGCAGAACUUGAGGCAUCUGAGCCGCGAAACUUCAGCCAUACAAACCAUCGUCGUGGUGCGGACAGACAACAUGAUCGCAGGCAUAUUGGCAGCUACUCAGCCUCGUACGAACAAUCGUCUGGUAAAGCGGGAGUCUUCGAGCUGUCUGCAGAGCCCGAGAAGCCACACUCGGCGCGCAGCAUGCAUGGGGCGACGCCUGCCACAUCGCAGGGCAUUACCUGGACGACUCCGGUGGCACCCACGGCGGUGCUAUUCACACCUGCAGCAUCGCCUUUACCGCCGAUGCCUCCACAGCCGCGAUUGGUGCCACAGGAAGACCGGUCCAGCAGCCGCCAGCUCGGUAUUUCUUCGAUGUACCACCGCGUGGGCCCCUUCAUCUGCAACGAGGGUAGUAUGCGUUCACUCGCAGAUUUUUCUCUGAGCGAGGUCCAGCGAUAUUGGCUACGUGCACGGGCGGAUGCGCACGCAGAUGUUCUGGAAGGAUGGACGCCAUUGGGACUUUGAUCUUUGCGAUAUUUUGAUAUCAGGCAUUUGUAUCCGAUGAUGACUUUAGGAUCCGAGAAUCGCUCUCCAUUUUGGUCGAUGAAUCCUUGUGAAUGUUCAAUGAUGUGCAAUAAAGAGAUAGG